AUGAGUCCCUCACAGCUUCUCAACCGCUUUCCUUGGGCCACGAGCCCCCUGAUUAGCAAUGCACCCAUGCUCGGAAUAGCUACCCCUCAGAUGACAGCUGAGGUGACAAAGGCUGGUGGCCUCGGGUUUCUCCCCUGUAUCGCCUAUCUUGAGCCAGACUCGGAACACAUCAACAGACUCGCGGGACACUUUGACGAGGUCCGCGCACUUCUCGGGGCUGAUCAACCGUCCGAAGGCCCACUCCGGGUCGGGGCCAGCUUCAUCACCAGUCACAGUUCCGUGAGUAACUUUGAGCAAACGGCCCUGCCGCUUAUAGCCGAGAACCGCCCAGCGGCGAUAUGGCUGUUCGCUCCGGACGACGAUCUCAAGCCGCACAGCAAGAUCAUCCCCAGCCUCAAGGCUCUUGAGCAACCGCCUAUUGUAUUCGUGCAGGUUGGCAAUGUCGUAGCUGCCCGAGAGGCUGCUCAAGAUGGUGCAGAUGUGCUUGUCACACAGGGUGUUGAUGCUGGCGGUCAUCAGUUUCGUCAGGGAUCAGGCAUCGUGAGCUUGGUUCCUGAAGUGAGGGAUAUGCUUGAUAAGGAGUUCCCGGACAGGAAGAUAAGUAUUGUGGCUGCAGGGGGUAUUGCUGAUGGGCGAGGAGUCGCUGGAGCAUUGGCUCUGGGGGCCGAGGGAGUGGUGAUGGGAACAAAGUUUACUAUCGCACCCGAGUCAAACUAUCCCGAUAUUCGAAAGAAGAAAGUCCUCGAAGCAGUAGAUGGCGGCGUAUCCACGUUCAAGUCUACCUUUAAUGACAGGAUAACCAACAGUCCUCUUUGGGGACCUCUAUACGAUGGACGUGCCAUUGUCGGCCCCAUUCAUGAAAAGUUCAUCGCAGGAGCAAGCCUAGAAGAAUGCCAGCGAAGCCUUAAGGAAGACUAUCCCGAGGACGAGGCUCGUUACAUCAUCAAUACUUGGGCGGGAACUGGCGUCGGCCUCAUUAACAAAGUUCAGCCUGCAGGGGAAAUUGUUCGUGAGGUGCGCGAAGACGCCAAGCGUGAACUCCAAAGAGCAGCUGGCCUAGUUUAA